AUGAUGGAAAGACAGCAAGAGAAGGACGAUCGUUUUGCCGAAGCAGUUGCAGUGUCAAAAACAGAGAUGAAACCUAUUAAUAAGACUGCUAGGAUCAACAGGAGCCGCAGCUCUUUGCCUGCUUUACAAGAAGCGGGGAAGUCAUUGAGCUUGAUACCUGUUGGGUUGAAGGAAGCAGCGCUUGACUCUCCAACCUUUAGAGCUACGGCGGUACACUUCUCGGACCAGGUCGAAAUCAUCGAAAAAUGGCUGGAAGCGUAUAUCAAAUCCAUAACAAAACUCGUCCACGAUGUAUCGGCUCUCGAAGAAACCUUCAAUACUUUUCUUCAUCGCUCUGUUCCGCCAGCCAACGUCUCCGAGGCGGUACUCGAUCAUGACUAUACUCUCCUCGCGAUGAAGAGGUUUGGAGAAGGCCAGAGGGAAUGGUGGCAGCAGAUGGUUGGGGGAAUGAAGAAGAUGGAUGCCAAUGUGGUGGAACCAAUUCGGGCUUUCAUGGCUGGAGAACUUCGAAACUUCAAGGACGCCCGAAAAUACCUUGAGGUAUCCCAAAAGACUUUCGAUAGUACAUUAGCUAGAUAUGUUGGGCAGUCUAAGACGAAGGAACCAUCAUCGCUACGAGAAGACGCAUUCCAAGUACACGAGACCCGAAAAGCAUAUCUUAAAGCUUCUUUAGAUUUCUGCUUACUCGCACCGCAAUUGAGAUACACGAUUGACAGACUUCUUGUUCGGGUAUCUGCAGAUCAAUGGAGAGAAAUGAAACGGACUCGUGAUGCGACAGGUGCCAACAUUGCCAAGUGGAAUUCAGAGAUGGAUCGAGUUCGGGGUUGGAGCAAGGAAAUGGAAACCGGUGAAGGCGUAUUCAGAAGAGAGCUUCAAAUCGCCAGAAGGGAUAUUUCAGAGGUGGCUUCUAAGGCUGCACAGCCGUCUCGAGAAUUGGAGGACUACAACCUAUCCACCGUUGCUUUCCUUGGAUCCAAGGGUCCUUCAACGCUCAACUUGUCCGGUCAGCGCAAAGAACGCGAAACAUCUGAAAAACAGGGAUGGCUUUUCCUGCGGACAAUAUCGGGCAAGCCAGCGCGGACGUCCUGGGUUCGACGCUGGUUUUAUGUCAAGAACGGAAUCUUUGGAUGGUUAGUUCAAGGUGAACGAUCGGGUGGAGUGGAGGAGAGUGAGAAGAUUGGUGUGCUAUUGUGCAACGUUAAGCCUGCUGUUCAAGAGGAAAGAAGAUUCUGUUUCGAGGUCAAAACCAAAAACCAAGCCAUCCUCGUCCAGGCAGAAACGCAGGGCCAGCUUAUGGAGUGGCUCGAGGCUUUCGAGGUCGCUAAGAACAAAGCUCUCCAGGUGAGCGCCAGUGAUAGGGUUGCUCAUCCUGGUGGUAUCGAUCCAGCCUUUGCUAUUACGGCCCCCUUAGUUCCUGAGUUCGCUGCAAAGGUAACUGAUGGUCACACUUCACACGGUAGCGAUGAGCUGUCAGGGCCUGCAUUUGAUCGUACAAGCACACUACCUGUCCCCGGAUUCGAAAUGUCUGGGAAUCUAGCGACUAGAAGCAGCUUUGAUGUUACCGCCCCUCGACGUUCUGUGACUGGUAUGAUUACUAGAGAAGAGGGCGAGAGUGGGCGAGAUCAUGCAGCAAGAAUUAUACAAAAGCUUGACCUGCAUCGAAAAGGUGGUUCAAGUAGCGAGACACCUCCUGCCCAGUCCUCCGCACCACCAGGAGGCAUUGCAAGUCUUAUAUCUGCUAGCCAUAAUAUUCUACCCGCCUAUACUCCAGCUCUUCCCCAGGCUACAGCUUCGAAGCCGACGCUGUCUCUGUCACAAACGACGGACUCACAUACUAGCACGUUGGCACCUCACACUUUAGCAAACCCACCAGCUCCUACGAAUUUAAGCAAAGCGGCUGUUGUCGUUAGCGGAGAGCGAGGAGUCGGCAUAGGUAGAAGCGACGCUACUGGCGGUAUGCCUAGUGGCAUGAUGGCAAACUUAUGGGGAAGUGCCAAUUGGAGCUACAUCAAUCGACUUGAGAAACAGGACGUUAAAGUCGCAGCCUCUAGUAAUCCUUCUGUUCCCCCAGGCCCAGGUAUUCGCCCCCUCGAGCCGUCGCCAAAAUUCGCGGGAGACGAAAAUAAGAAACCAGAUGAAAACAUUUCUUCUGAUGUUGUUCAAUCGUCAAUAGCAGUUCCCGCUGACCCCAAUGCGCCCACGGUUAUAACACCAGUAUCAUCUCACCGAAAGGCUUUGAGUGUAGAUGCUGAGGCAAUGCGCUUACAAGCUGCAAACGCUCCAAAGCCGGAGGUCUUUCCUGCAAACUAUCCGCUGGAACUCAAGACUCAGGAAGCCCAGUUUCGAAUGCUCUUCCCCAAUGUUCCUCGUGAGGAGAAGCUUUUACUUGUGUUCCGAGCAACGUGGAAUCCGAAUGAACAGCAAGAGUUCCCCGGACGAGUGUACGUGACGCAGAAAGACUUUUAUUUCUACAGCCAUCACCUCGGACUGGUCUUGAUUACAGGCGUUGGCAUGGACAGUAUUCUAGAGGUCACUGCGGCACCGGGUAGGGACUGUGAUUUUAUAUUCCUUCACCUUCGCGAGGAAGCUACUAAAGCAGGAUUUACGAGAAUCACAAUCAAGACAUUCUUGGAACCGCUCCGACUUCUGCAAUCUAGGCUAAACUACCUUGUUGAUAUCUCGCAAUCAGAUGAGCCUAGGACUCUGGAGGAGACAAUGGCGGCGCUCAUUAGGAUGGAAAAUGAGGACCCAAGCAGAAGCCCAAGCAUGGAGAGCUGGGAAGAUGUAUCCAUGAAUACCCCAAUAGAUGAUGGCACGCCAUCGGGACGGGCACGUAAGGGUCAUCACGACUUGAGGACUUCGCUCCAUGUUGAGCGAAGCCUCCAUCUCGGCAGAAAUAAGGAAGUCGCCAAAUUUCAAUUGCCUUCGCAGCCUGUGGUGUACGAACCCAAAGAUAUGCAGAGAAAGGUUGUCGAGAAACAAUUCGACAUCAGCCCGAAGGCCUUGUUUCACGUCAUGUUCGGCGACAAGAGCGCUGUAUUCCAGUUACUGUACCAUGAUCGCCGCGCGCAACGCAUCGCCCAGGGUCCAUGGAUACCUCUCGAAAAGGGACAUAUGCGAAGGGAUUUCGAAUUCCAGAUUGACUAUUUUGAUGUCUUUCACCGGGCUCGUCAGGCGAAUGUGAUUGACUACCAGGUCAUCGACGUUAUGAACGAUCACAUUUGCUAUGUUAUUACGGAUAUGAAAACCCCUUGGCAUCUACCUCAUUAUAAAGAUUUCAUGCUGGUCUCAAAAAUAGUCAUCACCCAUGUCGCAAAAUCGAAGUGUAAAUUAGCCAUUUAUACCAAAGUUGAUUGGACGAAGGCUCCUACCUUUUCAAAGGGACUGGUAGAACGACAAGCUCUGGAUGAUUCUGCUCUUGACGCUCUUGAUCUGGCCGAUGUCAUCACCGAUCAGGUUCGCAAACUUGGCCCACAAAGCCGAACGAAGAAGGCAAUCCACAUCUUUGGCCAUGUCGGCGUCCAGACUUCGGUAUCUAUGUUUUCUGCUACCGAUUCGAUGAAUUCAAGAAAGCCUCAGAUCAAGCAGCGUACACUUACGCACAUGGUCUUUGAGACGAUGAGUUCGUUUGGCGAGAGUGCAAUUUCGUCUGUCAUGAUGUGGGCAUUUGCUAUUUUACGUUCGGUGUGGAAAAUUGGCAGUGCGCAUAGGCUCAUACUUGUUGGACUAACGGUGAGUAUGCUCAUGAAUGGGUACCUGACCUCUCAAAACACAUCUGUUUGGUGGGCAGAACGGAACGCCGCACGGUUUAUGAGCAGAAUUGGUGUGGGACCCAAUGUUGUAAUGAGCAAGGCCAUCUUUUUGAAAGACCUGGACGAAGCUCUGCAAUUGCCAACCACGUCUCUACUGGAGCAGUCUGGAAGCAAAUGCUACGAUCAAUUCAAAAUCAUUGCGAAUGUGACGGAUCUGGAAGCGCCGUACCAGAAUGCUGGUGCUUUAUUCUCGUCUACACCCACUCGAUCCACGGCUAGGCGUCUCCACCGAACUCGUCAGAAUCUCGGAUCCUAUCGACAUGAUCUCAUUGUUGCUAUGCGCGUAGUUAACAGCAUCGAGAGGGAAAUGAUACAGGCCGAGUGGGAGAAUUGGUUGUUAGAUGAGAAUACGCGCUGCAAGCAGGCGCAUGCAAUCUUGAGAGAAGACCGAGAGACUAGUGCCACAAUUUCCAAAUCGAAAGGCAAAAGCGCAAACCAACAGGUGACAUUUGAGAUGGAUGAUACCAAGCGUAGUAAACUGGCGGGUAUGCGCGUUUGGCAUGAGGAAUAUUGUGGGAGCUCUUCAUGUAGUAGUUUCUUAUGGCACGGGAAUAACCAUGGUGUAGUUUAUCGAGUCAUUGAGAUUCCACAAAGUCCAUAA